AAAGAAGGAAGCGAGGAAGCAAGGAAGAAAGCGGGAAAGUAAGGAAGGAAGCGAGGAAGCAUGGAAGGAGGGAAUGAAGCAAGGAAGGAAGGAAGGAAGUGAGGAAGAAAUUUGUGAAGGAAGCGAGGAAGCAAAGAAGGGGGAAAGAAGGGAGCGAGUAAGGAAAAAAGCAAGGAAUGAAAGAGGGAAAUGAGGAAAGAAGGAAGCGAGGAAGCAAGGAAGGAAGGAAGCGAGGAAAGAAAGAAGCGAGGAAGCAAGGUAGGAAGUGGGGAAGGAAAGAUUGCGAGGAAGGAAGGACGCGAGGAAGCAAAGAAGGAAGCAAGGAAACGAGAAAGCGAGGAGGGAAGAAAGCGCGGAAGCAAGGAAGGAAGGAACUGAGGAAGAAAGAAAGGACGGAAGCGAGGGAACAAGGAAGGAAUGAUGUGAGGGAGCAAGCAAGGAAGGAACUGAGGAAGCAAGGAAGGAAGCAAGGAAGGGAACGAGGAAGGAAGGAAGCCAGAAAGCAAAGAAGGAAGGAAAUGAUGAAUCAAGGAAGGAAGGAAGCAACCAAAGACACAAGAAAGGAAGGAAGGAAAAAAGCAAGGAAGGAAGUAAGUAACGAAAGAAGGAAGAAGGCGAGAAAGCAAGGAAGUAAGGAGGGAAGGAAGCAAGGAAGGAAUGAAGGGACAAAAGAACAACGCGAGGAAAGAAUGAAGGAAACGAGGAAGCAAGGAAGGAGGAAAGAAGGAAGUGAGGAAGGGAGGAAGCAAGGAAGGAAGGAUGCAAGUGAGGAAGGAAGGAAUCGAGGAAGCAAGGAAAGAAGAAAAGCGAGGAAGCAAGGAAUGAGGAGAGAAGGAAGCGAGGGAGGAAGCAAGGAAGGAAUGAAGCAAAAAAGGAAGGACGCAAGGAAAAAAUGAAGGAAUCGAGGAUGCAAGGAAGGAGGAAAAAAGGAAGUGAGGAAGGAAGGAAGGAAGGAAGCGAGGAAGGAAGGAACCAAGGAAGAAAGCAAGCGAGGAAGCAUGGAAUGAAGCAAGGAAGGAAGGAGGAAAGGAAGUGAGGAAGAAAUUUAUGAAGAAGGCGAGGAAACAAAGAAGGAGGAAAAAAGGGAGCGAGGAAGGAAAAAAGCAUGGAAGGAAAGAGGGUAGAGAGUGAGGAAGGAAGCGGGGAGGCAAGGAAGGAAGGAAGCGAGGAAGCAAGGUAGGAAGGAAGCAAGGAAGGAAAGAUGCGAGGAAGGAAGGAAGCAAGAAAAGAAGAGGCGAGGAAGGAAGCAAGGAGGGAAGGAAGGAAGCGAUGAAAGAGAGAGGCAAGGAAGCAAGGAAGGAAGGAAGCGAGGAAGGAAGGAAGCGAGGAAGCAAGGUGGGAAGUAAGAGAGGAAGGAAAGAUGCGAGGAAGGAAGGAAGCAAAGAAGGGAUGCAAGAAAGGAAGGAAGGAAGCAAGGAUGGAAGGAAGAAAGCGAGGAAGGAAGGAUGCAAGAAUGCGAGGAAGCAAGGAAGGGAGGAAGGAAGCGAGGGGGAAAGCAAAGAAGGAAGCAAGAAAGAAAGGUGGGAAGUGAGGAAGGAAGGAAGCUAGGAAGGGAGGAAGCGAAGGAAUGAAGUGAGGAAGCAAGGAAGGAAUGAAGCAAGGAAGAAAAGAAGGAAGGAAGCGAGGAAGGAAGGAAGCAAGGAUGGAAGGAAGCGAGGAAGGAAGGAUGUGAGGAAGCGAGGAAGGAAGCCAGGAAGGAAGGAAGCGAAGAAGCAAGGAAGGGAGGAAGUGAGCAAGCAAGUAAGCAAAGGAGAUUGAUAAAGAAAUAAUAUUUAUAAACAUUAUUCUGACUAAAUCAUUUUAUGUUGACCUAAACGCACGCUUAUUCAUGUAUCUUACUGAAUAUCGACUUGUACUCAAAGAUGGAACAGAGGGGACAGUUGCAAUACAGAGAAUACAGAAUAUUUCCUAUGGACUAUGUAGUAAGAUCACAUGAUAAAAAACGUUAUACAACGAUUUGAAGCGCAACAUAGGAUAUAUUAUG